AUGGAGCGCAAUAUCUCAGCCGCAUCCGCACAACCAUUCUACAUGAUCGCUCACCGAGUGCUGACUGUUCAGGGGGUGAACGACGCCCUCAGUCACGGGGCCAAUGCUCUCGAGAUCGACAUGACGGCCUGGAGCGACGGCUGGAUCCUCUAUGGGUUUUACGACGCAACGUCCAAGGCCUACGUCAGAAUCCGGGGCAAUCUCAUUAAUGAAGAGGCGAUCAAUCUCAACGGGAGAGUUGAAGAUGUCGCGCCGGCAUUCGCGAAGGGACCCGAGGCCCGAUUUAAGAAGGUCAUGUCGUACGGAUACUACAACCUCCCCUUUCAGUUCGGCAAUGGCCACGAGAAGCGAUACUACACCUGCACCGAACUUCGGAUGGCCGCCCGGUCGCAUGAGUAUGGUAAGGUCUUCGGGUGGACGACUGCAGCCGGCCAAGCGUAUUAUGUUGACAAACUGCUUGGCGAGGCGGGAGUCGACGGGCUGAUUUACGGGUUCAAGAUGACUUACUACUACGACCAUGAGAACACAAGAGCAGCCGCAGGGGAUAUAAUUUCUUGGGUCCGGAACCACCCCGAGAAACGGUUCAUGGCGGGCAAAGGGGACUUUCCUUGGUGA